AAGGAAUCACUUCCGCGAUUCGGGAGCGCACUGCGCAUGUGCAGUGGAAGACGCAACGGUUGUCAACAGCGCUGGAGCUGUGUAAAAUGGCGGAUCGUGGAGAAGGGGCCGAGAGUGAGGAUGAGCUGUAUGAGGUGGUGGACAUCACUGAAUAUGCGCGACGACAUCAGUGGUGGAGUCGAAUUUUCGGGAACAACACAGGGCCCAUUGCUGAAAAGUAUUCAGUAGCCACACAGAUCAUGAUGGGUGGCGUAACAGGAUGGUGUGCUGGUUAUCUUUUCCAGAAGGUUGGGAAAAUUGCUGCAACCGCAGUUGGUGGAGGAUUUCUUUUGUUACAAAUUGCCAAUCACAGUGGGUAUGUGCAGGUGGACUGGAAGAAAGUAAAGAAGGAUGUCAAUAAAGCAAAAAAGCAUCUGAAGAAGAAGGCCAACAAAGCAGCACCAGAGCUGAAUUCAUUUAUCGAUGAGGCCACAGAAUUUGUGAAGACGAAUAUAGUUGUUUCAAGUGGAUUUCUUGGAGGAUUUCUGCUGGGUCUGGCAUCUUGAGUUGCAGCUGGACCUGCUAUACAAAUGGACACUCUUCACCUAGAGAUAUUCUCUGCUGUAUUGUAUUUUAUUUUAUUUUAUUGCUGUAUUGCAGAGAUGUACAUGUAAAAAAAAAAACCUUUGCAGUAUUGCUUGGUUUGAGGCAGAGUUGGGAAAUAUAGUUUGGUUUCUCAGCUAUGUCUAUGUCUAAGAAAGAAAAACCUGCACAUAAGUGAUAUCUUGUAAAUAAUGGAACUGCUAUGGUAUGAACCAUUUUUAUGCCAAUUUUGAUUGGUAGUGUUGUUGAUAAGGUAGAAAAAUGAAUACAAUGCGUCAUGGAGUAGGCCUGAAUUAAACUCUAUUUAAAUAAUGAAUUGCUUACAUAUGUACUUUGUUUAGGGCUGCGUUUAUUUAUAUGUUAUAUCUCUCGUUUCACACGGGGUGGUUUUUGUUUGUUUAUUAUAUAUUUUAUUCAUACACACUAUGUGCUGAUUCUGUCAGUGUUUGAAUAACAUGUGUGGUCACAUAAAAGUUAAUCUACUAA